AUGCCACUCUCGAAACAAGAAUUGAAAGAAAUUGAAACCACUUUAGUCAAGUUGCUUCGUGAAGAGAUCGGUCCUAUCGUCAAAACACAUACGGGUACCAAUUUCAGUUCAUACGAUGACAAGGCCAAUGAGGUUGAUUUAGUUACUGUGGUUGAUAAACAAGUGGAAGCUAUUAUCAAGAAGGAACUAAAUGCGAAAUACCCUAAUUUUAAAUUUAUCGGUGAAGAAAGCUACGUGGUUGGUGAGACUAAGAUAACUGCUGAUCCGACAUUUAUUGUCGACCCCAUCGAUGGGACUACAAAUUUCAUUCAUGGAUAUCCUUACAGUUGCACUUCUUUGGGUUUAGCUGAAAAUGGUAAACCUGUCGUCGGUGCGGUUUAUAACCCACAUUUGGAUCAAUUGUUCCAUGGAUCUAAGGGAAAUGGUGCAUAUUUGAAUGAAAAGAAGAUCGAUGUUAAGAAGAGACCAUUAACUUUGCAAAAAUCCGUAGUGGGAUUGGAAGGUGGAGCUGAAAGAACUGAAGGUCCUGAUGGAAACUUUGAUAAGAAGAUGGCUACUUACAAGAACCUAUUGAGUGAUAAAGGAGGUUAUGUUCAUGGGUUCAGAAGUGUAGGAAGUGCAGCAAUGAACAUGUGCUAUGUCGCUGCAGGUAUGUUAGAUUCAUAUUGGGAAGGUGGCUGCUGGGCCUGGGAUGUUUGUGCUGGUUGGUGUAUCCUGGAGGAAGCAGGCGGUAGAAUGGUUGGUGGUAAUAAGGAUGAAUGGCAAAUUCCAGUGGACAGAAGAUGCUACUUUGCCAUUAGAGGAGGUUGUGGAGAAGAAGAACAGACUGCUUAUGUGAAAUCUUUCUGGUCCCAAGUUGAAGGUCGUUUAGAAUAUUAA